AUGUACUUGUCACUAUAUAAAUAUGUAUGUACGUUCUCUGUUCAGACUGAGAACUCAAUGGAAUUGGAAUUAGAAUUGAACCAGAAAACCGGUGAAUGGAAUACGCUUCAAGAGAGUGGGAGUGAACUGCAACCUUUGAACGGGCCAGCUCUAACUGGAUUGAAUAACCUGGGAAAUUCGUGUAAUAUCAACUGUGUGAUGCAGGUUUUAUUCCGGAUGCCAGAUUUCGUCCAACAUUUCGUAGAUGGCGUUGCGGAUAUUUUCUCUAAUCUCCCCGAAGAUCCAGUCAACGACUUCAAUGUGCAGUCGGCAAAAGUUGGCGUAGGCCUGAUAUCAGGGCGGUAUUCCUUUCCCAGGGACGAUAGCAGGUUCCAGCCAGGAAUAUCACUCCAUAUGUUCAGACAGCUUAUUGGCAAAGGUCACCCCGAGUUUAUGACCAAGAGGCAACAAGAUGCGCAUGAGUUCUACCUACAUUUCCUUACUCUAUUGGAGGUAAUACCACAUGCAAUUAUUUCAAACGCAACAGUAGGCAUUUGUGCACCUGUGUUUGGUUUGCCAAACCCCUCUGACUGUCUCAAGUUAGUCGUCGAGGAACGUAUACAAUGUACGGAGUCCCUCAACGUGAAGUGCGUUCAAAGACCGGAACAUUAUUUGCCUUUGCCGGUUCCAGUCGCGGCGGCCACUAAUGCCACUCAAGUAAGGGAAUACGAGGCAAGACUGGUGGAGGCAGAAGCUAGUGGACAGAGAUUGUAA